AUUUGGGCAAGACUGAGCCAUUGCCUAAACGGAAGCAGGAAGCACGUGGUACGACAGGGCACGGGGCGCACGUCCUCCACACCCUCGUAUCCUCUUCCACACGCAGGGGAGAAGGAUUCGCGAAAUGCGGCUGCCGUCGCUGAGCUGUGUUUGCUGUGGUUUGCGCUGUGUUUCCUUGUAGGUUUCCUUAAGCGUAAGUACAAUUCAAAGUGGACCGCCUCUACAAUAUUCAGGUCUCAGCAGGAAAUUUCAGCUAUAUUGAGUUGGGUUUAUGCAAAAGGAAAGUCCACUGACAUUCUAAAGGAAUCGUCUUGAGGCCUGCCAUGUUUCAGACAGGUCUCUUAAUUUUAACCUCAUCGCCUAGGAUCUUGACAUCAAAUGUAUCUGCCUAUUUAAAGGCUGCGAAGAACUUCGUUAACAAAACUUUAUACAUUAAGCUUGAGCCCAACCAGCACCACUUGUGGCCUGUCCAACAACCUGUUUUCACACCUUCAGAACUGUCCCAACUACGAAAGCUCAUUCCAGACAUCUAUUUUAAGGCAGCUGGAGUGUGCGCGCAUCUUGACAUCAGAGUUCUCCAAAGUUGCUUCAAGGAUCCUGCUCGUAAAGAGAAUCACUUGAAGCCAUCUUUUGACGUUGUGCUGACGGAUGGCAGCCAUGGCCGCACCGAUUUGGAGCUGUACGUUGGACACCAGUUCAACAAGAGCUGUUCGAAUUUCCACUGUCUUGAGAGCAAGUUGACAGUCAACGAUGCCAAUGAGGACAGCUUUAAUGGCUUCAGUCACGGAAGCAAUGGGGUCCAAAACAAUUCCACCUUUCAGACUUUUGAAAGUGUCUGUCUUGGAGGUACCUUCGACCGCCUGCAUCUUGGCCACAAGGUGUUGCUCUCAGAGGCAGUGUUGCAUGCAUCGGGCAAGCUUGUUGUUGGAGUGACGGAUGGUGACAUGUUGAAAGGUAAACUGCUUUGGGAGCUGAUAGAGCCAGUGGAGACUCGAAUGCAUGCAUUGCUAGACUUUCUGCAUGACAUCGACACAACACUGCACUAUGACGUGACACCCAUCUACAACCCGUAUGGGCCAACCAUUGAAGACAACGAUUUGGAAUGUCUGUACGUGAGCGAAGAAACCAUGAAGGGAGGCAGACUGGUCAAUGAGGAGCGAGCCAGGCGGGGCAUGUCUCCAAUGGUUAUCCGAUCUGUAGGCCUAGCUGAAGAUGUUUGUCGUGGCGUCGGUGAGGAAUUUAAAGUGAGCUCGUCUUCACUGAGGCGGCGGCAGCUUGGCACAAUCCUUACUCCACCCAAGCCAAGACCUGAUCUUCCUGACCGACCAUACCUUAUUGGUGUGACUGGGGGCAUCUGCACUGGCAAAAGCCACAUCAUCAAGACACUGGAGUCCCUAGGGGCGGUAGUGAUCAACUGUGACCCGCUUGGCCACGAGAGCUAUCAGCCGGGUACAAACGCAUAUUCCCACAUAGUGGAGACCUUUGGUGACCGAGUGGUUAGCCCUGAUGGCACUAUCAACAGGAAACUCCUCGGCACCAUAAUUUUUGCAGACGAGGCAAAACGACAGCAGCUAAACAAGAUUGUGUGGCCAGAAGUCUCCCGUCUCAUUGAUGAACGACUUGAAGAGCACAGACGAAAAGGUACCAAAGUGGUUGUCUUGGAGUCUGCACUUCUUUUGGAGGCUGGCUGGGAAAGCAAGUUUCACCAGGUGUGGGUGUGCGUCAUUCCUGUGGAGGAAGCGCUGAAGCGAGUGAUGGCCAGGGACAACCUGGAGAAAGACCAAGCACUACGCAGAGUCCAAGCCCAGAUGUCUAACAAGGAACGUGUGGACAAGGCUAAUGUCAUUUUCUGCUCCCUUUGGGAUUACGCCACAACAGAACGACAGGUGGCAAAAGCAUGGAAUGAACUUCAAGCAUUCUUAGGCAAGGAGAAGUCAUCAGCUCUGUAAUCACUGUUUGUGUACAGAAACAUUUCUUCAGUCUCAUCUGCAGCGUUUAUGUGGGUAGUGCUGUACGCAUGCAUUCGGGUCAGCAUGGACUUCCACUGAGGCAAUCACUGGACUAACUUUAUAAAUGGAGGAGAGUCUCUCUGUUCAUGAAGAGGUGCAUGAACCUGUGAUACUGGCACCAUAACUUAGAGACAAGUCAGAGGCAGCUACCCUCUAAUAAUUAUAAUUCCGAUUCCUGUACGAUUCAGGAUAUACAGAAUAUAAGCAAUUAAAGUAUAUAUAUAUAUAUAUAUAUAUAUAUAUAUAUACAUACAUGUAUUUUUUCUUAGGUAUAUGCUUAGACUCAUUUCAUAAGCAUUAUGUACGAAGAGCAAGAACAUUGACAACAUCUUUUAGGUAGUGCUGUUGCAUGGUCAGACAAGUUGCUGCUUGGAUGCCGCAAGCAUAGAGCUAUGCUUUUUAAGGUGUUACUGAAUUUUGCUUUUUGUGCGUUAAAUACGGGGAGCGUUGUCUGGCUCAUGUUGCCAUAUCUGUGAAAUAAGCUGGUGUGGGCCACAAGAUCGUUCCUAUUUGCACAGCACCAUGCAUUCAGGAGCCAACAUGUACCAUCUUGUACUGUGAUCAGACUUGUGAUGAGGACUGGUAGAAAUACGACUACUGCAGGUAUCAAGACAUACCUAUAUUUUACAGGGGGAAGUAUUUCAUGUCCGCUAUGUUAUUGCAUCAUGCUUUUAUUGCUCACCUAAUUGCACACUAAUAUGGUGCAGCCAAUGCAUCUGUAAGUGGUCACACAUAAUUCAGUCUCAUUUGCGACAUUCCUUGCUUGCAUUUAUGGCAAGGGUAGCCAAAAUUUUUGAGGCUUGCAAUCAAUUUUUUUUUGUGCAAAGAUUAUGCUGACACAUCUCCAUUGCAGUCCAUGAUAAAAAUCUUCUAUAAGUAAGGUUAACAUCUGCAAGCAGGUAGUUUUAAGUAGUGCAAGUGCGAAUAAAAUAGCAAUUACAAUUUUGCAUGUUCUACUAAGGUACAUCUAAAAGGUGUAAAUUUUAUGUUGAUGGCAAAGUGUUUUCUGAACACCUUUCAGUAAAUGCACAAUGUUUCAAAGAAUAACACUUGCCAGAUGAGUUAAGUGAAUAUACAUUUCAGCAUGUACAUUGUCAAACAGGCUGUGCAAGUCACCGUUACUAUAGUUUCUCCUGCGAAUAUUCCGCUGGAGCAUGGACAGCAUUUGAAUGGCGCCACAGUCCAGUAGAUAUUUUUGAAUACACUAAGGAUUCAUUAAUAAAAAUGCAAUUUGCAACCUGUUGACAAAUUUUGUCUGCUAAAUGUGUGAAAAAUGCUAAAUUUAGCCAGUAACCUGCUAAAAUGGCAACACUGUUUUGAAUAUGUGCUAGGAGGGGGAGCAAAAGGCUAGGUGGCGCCAGCCGCCGCCCGUUACAAAGGGUAUAGCCGCCAUCCAUCCAUCCAUCCAUCCAGGACAAUGUUUUUAGCAGUUGUGAAUGAGCAAACUUGGCAACUUUAGCUAUUUCAUCAGCUCCCAAGUAUCUAAUGUAUGUUUGUGGUUCUGGGUGUACAACUACCCAUUGGUGUUUUCCUAGGAUUCUAUAGAUUGAGCAUAUUACUGAAGUGGUGAUUGGUGGUUUGUGCCGGAAAACCUGACCUAGCUAAUUUCUUUAAUAUGCAGAGAGCACCAGGCAAAGGCUGUGACAUGGCAUGCACAAUCAAACACAUGCCUUUAUGUAGCAGAAGAAAAUCAUUGGAACAUGAGAAAUAUAGUGCAAGCUUAUUACGAGGUAGAGCCUGGUUGCUAAUACUGAGAAUGCUGGAUUCAGUGACACCUUGUUGCAAACAGAUUGGAGUCAGAAUUUGUUUGGUGUUGUCCACAGGCAUUAAGUUAGCAUUGACAAGUGAAAGAAUCCAAAAAUUUGUUCUCCAAUUUAUGAUGACACCACUUAUGCUCAUGGGAUCCCUAAAAUCUAAUAAAUAAGCAAUCAAGGUGAUGUGUAUGUAUUUACAGUUAACAGGUGCAGGUGGAAAGCCAGAGUUCAAGCGUGUGAAUUUCACUGUAUUGUGAAAGCUGUUUGCUUCACUUUAGAAGGCAAGUGUGAUUAGAGGAACUUUGGCAAUGGUUACCUUAAACUAUGCAAGCAUAUUAUGUAUAAAAAAACUGCACAUUUACUGUGUGAUUUAUGGCUUGCACUUUUCACAUUCUUGUUUGGCACAAGUGCAGGCAAUUAAUGUGACAGCAAGGUGUGCUCGAAUUUGCAGACACACGUUUUGUGCAAUAUUUUUUUGUGGCUUCGCGUGCAUGUCAUUACUUUGGGAAGAUAGGUGAAUUAUAACCUGAAAUAAAGACAUGUUUUGGGCAUGGGA